AUGGAUGAAAAGCAUUUAGCUAUCACCUACAACUGUGUCUCUAUGUUGGAAAAACUAACAUUCCUAUCCUUCCUAAGUCAAAUGCAAUGGGUGAUGAAUCAAUGGGCUACUGCAGAAGCAGAGGCAGUAAGGUUGCAAAAGGAAUUGGAUGAAGCUCAUCGCACUCUUACCAAAUCUGAAGCAAAAUUUGCACAUGUACGGAAAAUGUUAGAUGGCGAGAAAAGGGAAAAGAAUAUUUAUCUGAAGAAGUACAAUGAACAGAGCAAACUUUUAGAUAUGGCAAGAGAUUUACUCUUCAACGAUAAUCGUGCAAAGCUCAAUGAUGAGACACUACAGAAGCUGGCCUUCUUGAAUGGUACCGCACAACAAGAUCACAAUGCUAAGCUGACCGGAGUACCAGAACUUAACUCCACUGGUACACUACUAUCAGAGAUGUCGUACUCGCGAUCUGAGGAUGACCUGGACCUGUCACUCGCGUCGACGCGGCGCUCGUGGGUGCAGCGCGGCCAGUGGGCGGCCAGGGAGCAGCUGCCUAACAAGAAGAGACGCUCCUCCACCUCCUCCGUUGCCAAGACAGUGGAACUGCAGAGUGGAAAAGUGCUGGCCACCGCGACCACCACGCUGACGCUGGAGCGCGCGCCCACCUGCCAGGACCUCAAGCCGCCGCAGAACUUCCAACCGAUAUCAGAGAGCAGUGACGAGGGUCCUCCGCCGCGCAAGUCUCCGGCGCGUGUCUCCUCAGCGCGACAUCACCUCAUUGAGGUGCACUGCACGCCACCCCCCGCACCAUCUGCACCACCAAAAUCCGAGAGCGAGAGCGCAUCAGAGAGUCCGAUGCGAGCGGCGGUGCACUGCGCGCGAGUGCCGCAGCGCACGCCCUCGCUGGUGUCCUCUCCGCGCGCCAGACUCAGACAACACAACUUCGUCGCCAAGAACUUCUACAAGCGCGAGACUUGCGGACCUUGCGGCAAGACUAUAAAGUUCGCGAAGGUGGGCGUGAAGUGCGAGUGGUGCCGCGCGCAGGCGCACCCCGAGUGCCGCGCGCUGCUGCCGCUGCCCUGCGUGCCGCCCGGCCGCGCCCCGCACCACCAGCAGGAGGGCGGCAGCAUCGCGGAGUACGCGCCGAGCUGCGCGCCGAUGGUGCCGGCGCUGCUGGUGCACUGCAUCAGCGAGGUGGAGCGGCGCGGCCUCACCGAGCGCGGCAUCUACCGCGUCUGCGCACUCGACAAGGACGUCAAGCGACUCAAGGAGCGGUUCCUGCGCGGAUGCGGGUCCCCGCAGCUGUCGGGCGAGGACAUCCACACGGUGUGCGGGUGCGUGAAGGAGUUCCUGCGCUCGCUGCGGGAGCCGCUGGUGACGUCAGCGCUGUGGGCGGACUUCGUGAGCGCGGCGCGUCUCUCGGAGCCUGACGCCGCAGCAGCUGCUGUGCACGCGCUCUCGCAGCUGCCGCAGCCCAACAGGGACACGCUCGCCUUCCUCAUGCUGCAUCUGCAGAAAGUGUCGGAGAGUCCGGAGUGUGAGAUGGGUGUGGACAACCUGGCGAAGAUGUUCGCGCCCGGCGUGGUGGGGUACGGCCUCGCCAGCGACGCCGCUGAGAUGUACACCGCCACCGCGCACAUGUUCAGCGUGAUGCAGCUGCUGCUGAAGUUGCCGGGCGACUACUGGGCGCAGUGGGCGUGUCCCGGCUCGCCCGCCGCCGCGCCCACCGCGCCCACCGCGCCCACCGCGCCCGCCCACAAGCCCAGGGGAUUCUUCUUCUCCCCCGCCGACACAGGAGUUUCAAGAAAGAAGAGAAACUACUUUCAGUGA